AUUUGAUUUCAAGAUUUAGAUUCGCAUAUAAAACGGUAUCGCUUCAGUCUUCCUGCUCCCUCCAAAAAAUAAUAUAUAAUACAUAUAUAUAUUUUUUCGGAUUUUAAAUUACAAAAUAAUUAAAUUUUAAUAAUAACUCAUGAAUCGUACCAGUAUUUUUAUUAUUUUGAUUUUCGUGUCGUUCGCAACAUCAAAUCCAACUCCAUUGAAACGUCAGGAUCAACUCAAUGGAUUUACUCAGUGCAAAGGCAGCUUUGCAAAUUCAAUUACUUUACUAAGUUAUACCCCGAAUCCAGUUGUCACAGGCCAAAAUGUUACUUCUCAUUUGGCUGGUACAGCAACUGAAAUUAUUAAACAGGGUACAACGAUUGUAUAUACGGCAUAUUUUAAGGACGAACCAACCAAAGAAGCAUUUCAACAUAAACAAGAUUUUUGCGAGGUUUAUGUUAAACAAAGUGGAUCCGAAUGCCCAGUAAAAAAAGGAGAUUACUCUUUUACCGCAUCUUGGCUUGUUGAAAAACAUCCUGAUGAACCUAAAAAUCUUGUAGUUGAAUAUUAUUUUAAUAUUUCUGUAUUCGAUUCGGAUGGUAAAACUUUGUCAUGUAUAAAUGGGCCAACGAAAAUUUCCUAUUCUUAAAUAAAUUUAUAUUACAGCUUACUAGCUUCGUUUAUGUUUUAGAUUAUAAAUUUAUAUUAUUGUAUUCACAUCUUUUAAUAUAUUUUAUUUAUGUUAAUCAUUCAUAUUUUUUAACAAGAUAUAAUAAAUAAAUCAAUUAUAUUACUUACAAA